AUGGACCACCCCAACGCUUCACAAGCCUCCUUCGCCCACCUGGACCAACUCCAUAGCAGUCAGCUGCAUAGUCGACGACUUCGACCACCGGACUUGGAGAAAAUGGCUCUUGGUGACGAGAACCGCACUCCCCUCCGACCCAAUACGGAAAGGACCCGCCGUCGGGAUUCCAAGCUCCUCGGCCUGUUUAGCCGCCAGAAGAGCACCGUUGAUUUAUCUCUGCCUCACCCGCAACAAUCACCGCAACCGCAACCGCAACCCGCCUUCUCAUCCUCGGUAAGAGACCUGGAGCUACCUCCAAGGGGUGGUUUACGUGCAUCCCUCGCCGAGAUUAGCAAUUGGCCCUAUGCACUUCAGUCUACUCGCUCCGAGACCGCAAUGCUCGAUCCAACUAUCCCAUCCCAGCUCUCUGUAUCGCCCGGUCAUCACAGGCCACCCCCUCCUCCACCCAAACCGAGUAGGAGCCCUUCAUUUACAAAUAAUAGUAUGCCGGUACCGAAUCCUCCCAGCUUGCCUCCCGCAAGAUCGACAAGGGGAGCUUUGGCAACGUGGGACCCGCCGCCGUUGUUCCAAGGCUAUCCCCAGGCCAUACGAUACAUUGAACUUCCGGCUUGUACCCAAUCAGCUGAGGCCAUCCUUCGCAUGAAUGGAAGAAGCACUACCGAUCAAGUCGAGCCCGUUCCGGACAGGGCUUGGGAUAAGGGGAAAAGGAAACAUCGACGAGCUAGCUCAGGAAACUUUCUGAAGACUGAUUGGACGACCAAGAUUUACAUCUUGGUCACAUCGGGCUAUUUACUCCAGUAUUCUGGCGAGGGCUCCUUCGACCGACUUCCAGAGAAGAUUCUUCCCCUGGGAAAGGACUCGGUUGCCUUCGCCAGCGACGUCAUUCCCGGAAAGCACUGGGUAGUCCAAGUAUCAGCUUCUAUGGACUCUGACGGCACUGCGACCACUGACCCUCGGGCCUCGAUCCUGUCCCGGCUGCCGUUCCGUGGGCCCGAGAGGAGACAGGCUUCACACUUCCUCAUGGUAUUUGAGUCCGCCGAAGAGAUGGAUCAGUGGAUUGCUAUUCUUCGUCGCGAGAUAGAGCACUUGGGUGGCAAGAAGAACUUGUCCGAGACCGGGAAGCCCAAGGCCGAUGAAGAAAGACUCGAACUCCGGACGCAGCCCAGUCAACGAACCCUGGUACUCAGGGACCCCGAACGUUUUGCACGACCGCCAGUAUUGGACGGCGGGGACCCAUGGGGUAAUGAUGGACACAGUAACGGACAGGAUGCGCAAUCCACACUGUUGACCGACUUGGAUGCGGCAACGGAUCAUCAGUCAUUUGACGAAUUGUCGACAACCAACAGCACGACUUCCCAUGAUGGGAGACAGCUGGACAACCUAAGGGAUGGUUCGAAUCGGCUGUCCUUCAUCUCUUCGAGCCAGCGAACGUUUGUAACUUCGGAGGGCACAUCGCCGGCGUGCUCGCCGAGUCGAACCAGCUUUUCCAGCCAAAUUGAGGAUGGUCCGUUUUCGAACGACGGUACGCUGACGGAAGCAAAACCGAGGCCAAAUGCACAGGCGAUUCUGCAAAGAAGGAUUUCGAUACAGGCUGCCAACCCCUUUACAGAUCUUCAGGUGAUACCGCAAGCACAAUCUUCACGAUCCAGCAGAACGUGUCAUUUAGAUGGCCAUCAGCAAAGCGUGACAAAUACGUAUUGCACACGGAACUUCAGCAUGCCGCACUCUGCAAACAAGCGUUUCUCGGUGAUCUCCAGCCCCGGCUCGUCUCCGGAGCCCGCGCUGGAACUGUCACCACAUGCAACGGGACUGUCAGCGCCACCAAGACCCUCUUCGAAAAAGGGACCCCCGCCCACAUUGGGAUUCUCCAGGCCACUAUCUGUUGUUCCCGAUCACCCUUCCCCAAUCUCGCCACCAGGGGUUCCGAGGAAGAAAAACGGCGACAACAGGCAGUGGGGGGUAGGUGCACAUAGCCCCGAACCACGCUCUAUAUUCCAGAUCUGGGCUCAAGAGGCUUCGACAAAGCCGCCUUUGGCCCCGCCGGAGGUGACGCAUACGGAUGAACCUGCGAGACGCGCCAGUGUACACGCUCUCAUGCCCAGCAGGAUGCCUCGCCAUUCACCAAACUCUCAAGGUCGACAACAGAACCGUAGUAAUAAUACCCCAAAAGCCGCAACUGCUGAACACGGCUGUGUCAGACGAAGGUCUUUUGCAUCGCCAGGCGUCUCUACAAUGUCUGAGACCGAUCCGCAAGGUCGUUCAGGACGUGCCGCUUCGUCCGCGGCGGCUUUUCGUGGCUCGCCAACACCGCAGCAUCGCAGCCCACCUCGAUCAAGCGUACGUUCCCGAAGGGUGAGCAUGUUUGAUCGUGGGUGCGAUGGAGAUGGGGCGAAAGUGGGCUUUGGGCGAGUAUGCUACAAUGGUAAUCCCCAGGAGCUGUCGCCACAGCAGCCGCCGCCGCCGCCGCCGACGGAAGGGCCACCAACGCGUCCACUUCCUCUACCGCCCACAUCACAGCCUAAGCAGACGCGACAACGUUCGAUGCGAAAUUCGCCCGUCAAGGCAUGGGCCGACGACGAUGACAUCGACGACGGCACCACCGAGAGGUUGCCCGACCCCCAGACCAUCGUCAACAAGGACGGCACAAAGACCAUCAUCAGCUGGCGCUUCAACGACCAGGGCCAAAAGGUCAAGACGACGCGGCGGGUGCGGCUGACGACGCACCGCGAGGUGGUGAACCCCCGCGUGGCCGAGCGCAAAAAGUGGGAAAAGUUUGGCCUGUCGGCCAAGGACGGCCCGGGCCCGGCCUCGGACACAACCUCGGUCGGCGAGAACAUCAUCUUCCGCCCCUCGGCCAACUGGCGCAAGGACCAGAAGGACGAGAGCAAGGACGCCAACGCCAACGCCAUGAAGGACAAGCUCAAGGACAAGAAGGUCAAGUGCAGAAUCUGCAACGGAGAGCAUUUCACUGCCCGCUGUCCUUACAAGGAUACCAUGGCUCCCAUCGGCGAGGCCGCGCCCGCUGGCGGAGUCGGUGUCGGCGGCGACGACGAGGGUGGCAUCCUGUCCGCGCCUGGUGCGGCCGGCGGCGCUGGUGCCAAGAAGGGCUCGUACGUGCCGCCCGCUCUGCGUGGAGAUCGCAAGGAGGGCGAGAAGAUGGGCGGAGGCGCCGGCGGCAAAUACGGCGAGCGCGACGACCUCGCCACGCUGCGCGUCACCAACGUUUCUGAGAUGGCAGAGGAGCAAGAGCUGCGGGAUAUGUUUGAGCGCUUUGGUCGCGUCACCAGAGUGUUCUUGGCUAAGGACCGGGAUACAGGUCUGGCCAAGGGUUUCGCCUUUAUCAGUUUUGCAGACAGAGAAGACGCCGUCAAGGCGUGCAACAAGAUGGACGGCUGGGGUUUCAAGCAUCUCAUUCUCAGAGUCGAGUUCGCCAAGAAGGCGACCUGA